UUCUCAACAACAUAAAAUCCACUUUCUCUGAAAUUCUAAAUAAAUCAUAGACUUUUUCUCUCCUCUUUUCUUCUUCCCCUUCUCUCUAACCAAACAGACCAAGAUAUUCCGUUUCGGUUUGGCCUCCAUAAUUUCUCUAUCCGGAUUCCUCAGAGCAUCGCAUUUGAACUUCCAGAUCUUCUCGUCAUCGAAUUCUCGAAGUAUUCAGCAGAUUACAGGAAAUUGAUCGCAUCGCGGAUUAUAAUCCUUCAGAUUUUGGUCUUGGAGUUCACGAGUUGGAUUUUGUCCGUGUUAGGAACAGGCAGAGGCAGAGACAAUCAAUGCUGGAUUCUGAUUGUAUUAGAAAUGGUUGAAGACCAAGCAGUUGGUUUGUCACUUUGAAUCAUCACUUUACGAGAUCGUGUUUCUCCAUUGUUCUCCCAUUGUCUAAUGGAGCCAAGGACCUAAUGAGUGGGUGGAAAUAAAGCUGGAAAUGAAUGUUUUCUUCACAAAUUUCAACAAAGGCUCAUGUGUUUAUUCUUCCUGCAUGCAAACUCUUGCCGGUAUCUGAAAGUGCUAUUGCUGUAAAGGCUGAGAAGAGAGAGACAGCAGCUAAACAAGAAUUUUGUGUCGCAACUGUUGGAGUUCACAAUCACAUGCGUGCAAUCGUGUACAAUCCUCACAAUCCAUUUUCCUUGAGACCUGGAAACACGCUCCACGCUGAAUCAGUACCCACCCAAGUUAUCUUCUAAAGUGAGCGUAUGCCUGGGAACCAGUGCAAUGGUAAUUCGACCCAUAUACCACAAAAUCGUGUUGAAAGGCUCUUGAGAGAAAGAGAGCUAAGGGAGCGAAGGAAAGGCAGUAGGGCUUCUCAUUCAAAUGAGGCUACUGAUAAUCAUAAAGGAGGUGAACUAUCUGAGUAUAACCUGUGCUCUAGAGAAAAUUCUAGAGUAUCUUAUGUUGAACAAUACGUGGAAGCGGCUGUAGCUACUAGGGCACCAGCUGAGGGAUGUGAAAGACAAGAUGGAAGGCCUUACAGGCAAAGAUUGUUGGUGGUGGCAAAUAGGCUUCCAGUUUCUGCUGUUAGGAGGGGUGAGGAUUCAUGGUCCCUUGAGAUAAGUGCUGGAGGUCUAGUUACUGCUCUUUUGGGUGUCAAGGAUUUUGAGGCAAGAUGGAUUGGAUGGGCUGGCGUAAAUGUUCCGGAUGAGAUUGGACAAACGGCGCUUAUUAAAGCUUUGGCUGACAAGAGGUGUAUCCCAGUUUUUCUUGAUGAAGAGAUUGUCCAUCAGUAUUAUAAUGGUUAUUGCAACAACAUUUUGUGGCCUCUUUUUCACUACCUUGGACUUCCACAAGAAGAUGGCCUUGCAACCACUAGAAGCUUCCAGUCUCAGUUUGCUGCAUAUAAGAAGGCAAAUCAAAUGUUUGCUGAUGUUGUGAACAAGCACUAUGAAGAGGGUGAUGUUGUCUGGUGCCAUGACUACCAUCUUAUGUAUCUUCCUCAAUGCCUAAAGGAAUACAACAGUAAAAUGAAGGUUGGCUGGUUUCUCCAUACUCCCUUCCCUUCUUCUGAAAUCCAUAGGAUGCUACCAUCACGAUCAGAGCUACUGCGUUCUGUUCUGGCUGCUGAUUUAGCUGGUUUCCAUACAUAUGACUAUGCAAGGCAUUUUGUUAGUGCUUGUACUCGUAUUCUUGGACUCGAGGGGACACCUGAAGGAGUUGAGGAUCAGGGAAGGUUAACACGAGUUGCUGCGUUCCCCAUUGGGAUAGACUCAGAUCGAUUUAUACGAGCUCUUGAGCUUCCUCAAGUCCAAGAACACAUCAACGAGUUGAAAGAAAGGUUUGCUGGAAGAAAGGUAAUGCUAGGGGUUGAUCGCCUUGAUAUGAUUAAAGGAAUUCCUCAAAAAAUACUGGCAUUUGAAAAAUUCCUUGAAGAAAACCCUAAUUGGCGUGAUAAAGUGGUUUUGCUGCAAAUUGCCGUACCAACAAGAACUGAUGUUCCUGAAUAUCAAAGGCUUACCAGCCAGGUGCAUGAAAUUGUUGGACGCAUUAAUGGGCGAUUUGGAACAUUGACUGCAGUUCCAAUACAUCAUCUUGAUCGCUCUCUUGAUUUUCAUGCACUAUGUGCUUUAUAUGCUGUUACAGAUGUGGCACUUGUCACGUCUUUAAGGGAUGGGAUGAAUCUUGUCAGUUAUGAGUUUGUUGCUUGCCAAGAUUCAAAGAAAGGGGUCCUCAUUCUCAGUGAAUUUGCAGGUGCAGCACAGUCAUUGGGUGCUGGAGCUAUACUGGUGAAUCCUUGGAACAUUACGGAAGUGGCUGCUUCCAUUGGCCAGGCUUUGAACAUGUCCGCUAACGAAAGAGAAAAGCGACAUCAUCAUAAUUUUGUGCAUGUGACGACCCACACUGCUCAAGAGUGGGCUGAGACCUUUGUGAGUGAAUUGAAUGACACUGUUGUUGAAGCACAAUUAAGGACUAGCAAAGUCCCACCUGAGCUUCCACAAAAGGAUGCAAUUGAAUGCUAUUUGCAUUCUAAUAACCGAUUAGUGAUACUGGGUUUCAAUGCAACAUUAACUGAGCCAGUGGAUACUCCUGGGAGAAGAGGGGAUCAAAUCAAAGAAAUGGAACUUAAAUUGCAUCCAGAGCUAAAAGAACCCUUAAUGGCUCUUUGCAAUGACGCAAAGACAACUAUUGUUGUUCUUAGUGGGAGUGGCAGAGGUACCUUGGAUAAGUACUUUGCAGGCUAUGACAUGUGGUUGGCUGCAGAAAAUGGAAUGUUUCUUCGCCUUGCAAAUGUGGGGGAUUGGAUGACAACAAUGCCAGAGCACUCAAAUAUGGAAUGGGUUGACAGUGUGAAGCAUGUUUUUGAGUACUUUACUGACAGAACACCACGAUCACACUUUGAACUCCGUGAAACAUCUCUUGUAUGGAACUACAAAUAUGCAGAUGUUGAAUUUGGAAGACUUCAAGCAAGAGAUAUGUUGCAACAUAUCUCGACAGGCCCAAUCUCUAAUGCAUCUGUUGAUGUUGUUCAAGGUAGCCGAUCAGUUGAGGUGCGAGCAGUUGGUGUUACAAAGGGUGCAGCUAUUGAUCGCAUUUUAGGAGAAAUUGUCCACAACAAGUCAAUGACCACACCAAUUGAUUAUGUCCUCUGUAUCGGACAUUUUCUUGUGAAGGAUGAAGAUGUGUACACCUUUUUCGAGCCAGAGCUCCCCUCUGAUGGAAGUAGCAUCACAAGAGCUAAACCAACUGACAGUCCAAAGUUACCAGUGGAUCGAAGGCCUGCUUUGAAGCCUCCAGCAAGCAGGAGUGGAACAAAAACAUCUCAAACAAAGGCACAGAGAUCGGUGCCAAAUUCGGAAAAGAGAAGCAAUAAUAACCAUAAUUGCACAACAGUAAGGCGGCCAUCACCAGAGAACAUCUCCUGGAAUGUCCUUGAUCUUAAAGGGGAUAACUACUUCUCAUGUGCUGUUGGCCGGACUCGUACAAGUGCUAGAUAUCUACUUCAAUCAUCGGACGAUGUUGUCUCAUUUCUAAAAAGGCUAGCAAAUGCUGCUUCAUCAAAAGCAUGGAGCAGUGACAAGAAGAAAUGUUACUGUUAGAUGUCUCCAGAAUUGAUAUUGUGGCUCUGGUAAUUGAGAAAUGUUCGUUUCAGUACGAACCGGCAAAAGUAAACGUUGGUACAGCAUUCAUUGCCCAACUGAGAAGAACAUUUCUCAGUAAUAUCUUCUGUUGUAAGCCUAAUAAAAACUUUGGUUUUAAAACUUACAUAAUUUGAACCACAGCGUUCAUUGUUAAUUCCUCUAUGGCAAUGAAUCUAUCAUCAAGAAAAACAAUAUUAAAUUUUCUUUACAUUU